AAAUAUUCAUGCGUAAUGGCUCCAUCUACUUCGUGAGUUCUUUAUGAUCGAUGGCCGCCUUUCGCUAAUGUCGCCCGUCGUGCUUAACUUCGUAUAAUUCAUAAUUUGGUGUAAACAAAGAUAAAUAAACAGGCUAAAACAAAAUGAAGCUGAACAUCGCGUUUCCCGCAACGGGAAGCCAAAAGCUUUUCGAGAUCGUUGAUGACCAUAAGAUCCGUAUCUUUUUCGAUAAGCGUAUGGGAUCCGAAGUAGCGGCUGACCCUCUAGGAGAUGAUUGGAAAGGUUAUGUCUUCAAAAUCACUGGAGGAAACGACAAACAAGGUUUCCCCAUGAAACAGGGUGUGCUCACCAAUGGCAGAGUACGUUUGUUGUUGUCCAAGGGACACUCUUGUUAUCGCCCAAGACGUGAUGGUGAACGUAGAAGGAAAUCUGUCCGUGGUUGCAUCGUUGAUGCUAACUUGAGUGUAUUAUCCUUGGUCAUUGUAAGGAAAGGAGAAAAGGAAAUCCCUGGAUUGACAGACACAAAUGUUCCCCGUCGUUUGGGACCUAAGAGGGCCAACAAAAUCCGUAAGUUAUUCAACUUAUCUAAACAAGAUGACGUACGCCAAUAUGUUGUGAAACGUCCUCUUCCUGAGAAGGAAGGAAAGAAACAGCGCUUCAGGGCGCCUAAAAUCCAACGUUUGAUUACACCCAUCGUCUUACAACGUAAGAGACAUCGUCUUGCACUCAAGAAGAAGCGUUGUCUGAACCGUAAAGAAGAGAUGAACAACUACAAGAAAUUGCUAGCUCAAAGGCAAAAAGAAUUCAAAAAAGAAAGAGAAGCUAAACGUAGGAGAUCAGCCAGUCUGCGUGAAAGUAAGAGCAGUGUCAGCAGUUCAUAAUUUAGUUAGUUUUGUGAGUUAGAGUGGAAUUGCAAUAUUUUUAAAUCUUGAUUUUACUCUGAAUCACUGAUGACAAUUGUGGAGAUCAAUAAAGGUCUUUAAUGAA